AUGGCCACCACCCGUUCGCUCGGCUUGCACGAGCCUUCCGCCGUCUCAUACCUCGUUACGGAAGGAUUCCUACCAUCAGACCCCUCGGAAGAUCAAUACAAAUGGACAACGUGUGUGGACGAGAAUGGUACGACCGGACCGGUGGAUGACGAGCUGGUUUGGACAAAGCAUUGUGUGGUAUGGUCUCGUGCGGGUGUGGUCAAACGAGUAUUUCGAUUGGACCCAGAGAAGGAGGAUAUUCGACAUGCGCUAUUCACUCAAUUUGCCGUAGGGCAUGUCAAGCGUUCUGUACAUGGAGGGACCGCCGCCACGGCUUCGAAUCGGUAUCACACGACUGGCACCGCAACAACUGUGCGGACAGGAGGACAAAAAAAGCGAAAUGGAGGCAACUUGACACUGCCAAGCUCGGGAUCAACAUUGAAUUUGCAUGGCGAUGCUCGAGUUGCAAUAGUAGCUCCGCAGCUACCCAGCGAGAAGCUGUCUCGAGCUCUAGUUGUGGUCCUCAAAUCCCAAGCACACAUCUUCUUCGUCACAGGAAACAGCCACACCAUUCCCCUGCCAUUUGAAGUCGAAUCCGUGUUUGCCACUCCUCGCGGACUUCUCUUUCAAAGAAAAAUACCCAGCGAGGUCCCAAGACCUCAGAAUCUAAAUGCGCCUCCCAAUUCUUUCAUGACCGCUGCCUCGUUAUUUGAUCCAGGUGCAUCGCAGUCUUCUGGAAUACCUCGGCCACUUCCUAACAAAGGAAAAAGACUAUCAUUGAAGCUGCCCUCGCUCCAUAGUUCUACAUGGGGUCCAGAUUCCAAUGCCAAUUCCGACCUCCCUCGAGUGUUUUCACUCGUGGACCCUCAUUCGGAAAUGGGCUUGGUAGUAACAUCUCCAGCGUCGCGGGGCUUUCAGAGCAGUAUCAGCAGUGCCACGAGGCGUCGACCAUCGGGUCUGGAUGUUCUAGAUCCUGCCGAUGAGAUUGUAUACAUUUCCCCAAAAGACGAGCUGUCAAGCCCCGGGCAACGAGAGACAAAUGGCCCAUUGAUUCUAGUUCUUACGAUGAACACCAACACUGGACUAUACACAGUCUGGACUGCAAGAUACAGGGAGGAUGAUACUGAUGGGUCGACUCAAGACAAGUCUCGCCGGCACACUGAAGGCACUCGUUCCAAAAGGCGAAGCUCGCAUUUCGGAAUGAACACUGGUGCAACCACACCAGCUGCUCGUCCACCUGCAGGUCGCGAAAGCUUCGGGCCGUGGACUGAAAACUGGGCCUCUUCUCAGCAACCUGAAAGCAAAGCUGACGCUGAGGAUGACUUGGUCUCAAGGGUUGCCCAGGAUUUUGGAGACGUCGGUGUGCCUCUCAAAACAUCUCGGCGAGUUAGCUCUCUGCUCGCCCGGACGGAUCUCGCCACCAGUCAAGAUCGUAUUAUCUUCUCCGACCUUGCCACGGGUAGCCAAUCCAAUGCCGCGCCUCAUCAUGGCGGACUUCGACAGUCUAUCGGAGCUGCAAGUGCCCGAGGGAGCUUUGGUUUUAACCCCCGUGCCUCUCUCCCUCCCGCAACAGGCUCUGUCUACAGCACUGCGGGAAGUUUCACGGAUGCUCCGGUGGAUAGGCUACUGGAAGAGCUCAACAGCGGUGGUCUAUCUGAAGGAUUCGACAACAUUGCUCUUCGUGAAUCAGCUUCGGGCUUGCCAGAAGAGCUUUUACUCUCCAAAGUAGAAAGUUUCUCUGCUAUGUUUUCUGGCAGUUUCCGCGGAUCUAUCCAGCACGUAUCCUCUCGCCAUCUGAGAGUCUGCACGCUAGCUUCUUCAGAGUAUACCAGUGCUCAGAAUGGAAAUGUCAGAUCUGUGGCAGUCUGUAUUGUGGAUCAAGACUCACGAAACAUGACGAUUAUGAACCUGAGAGCAGAGCGAGUGGCUACUUCCAAAAGCCGAAAGGUGGCCAAAAAGACCAAAACAGCAGAAAGACGUCCGUUGCUGGUUCAUGCAACUGGUGUCCAACACAUUCCCAACGUUUGGGAUGCAUGCAGUGUCACUGAUGGUGACAUUUCGCGGAUUCUGACGUUGACUGUCCUUGAAAAUGGCCAGCAAGAAUUGUCUCUGCAGACUCUUUGGGGUAGCCCGGCCAAGAUCGAUAUUCCUCGUCCACUGCAGCUUUUUGAGCCCCACGGAGUCUCCGCCAACAAGCUUGUGAACCGCCCGAGAGAAAGCGGCGUCAAUCGAGUGAUGGCAGAUCCCGAUCUCGUUUUCAACGCAUUUGACCAUAGUUGCUCGCGAGGAAAGGUCGACUUGAUUGAUACGAAAAAGCAGCGCCAUAGACUGCAAAUUCGCAUGGAACCUCGCAAUGAACUUGUCAAGAAAUGCCUCAAGAUCUGCAUGUUUGUUCUUCGUGAUGCCGAGAAAGCCGGAGAUGGGAUGCUGGUGGCCUGGUGGGAGGUUAUUAAGUGGCUUCAAGGGAGGGAGGAUGUCGAACACGAUAUUGAGUGGACUGCUAUGGUCAUUAUCCUUUUCUCUCUGGCUGUGCCCUUCAUUAAACAACCUCCACCUCAGACUCCAGCUAGACGAACGCGCCGAAAGAGGGGUCUUCUGCGGUCGAGCAGCGGCAGCUAUAUUGACUCGGAAAGCUGGGAAGCCAUGCUUGACCUGGAGUCAGGGGCAUCCGGAGUUGUCGCGCCGUGGAUGAAUAGCAGUGCUUGGGGCUGGAUUGUUGAACAAGAUGCAAUCGCAGACCUGACAUUGCGGGAAGCAUCCCGUGCGCCAAAGAAUGAACAGCCAAAUGCAAGCCGAUCAACUUAUCGCCACAAUUCUUAUCUGCUUCGAUGUCUCUCUCUAAGUCGCGAGUUCCUACAGAGCCCCAUGGGAUCAAGAGCGACGGGUCGUGACGGGUAUCUGCCCAUUUCCGGAGCAUUUACCGAGAACACUAGAUGCACAGCAUUAGGUACAAUCCUCGUCGGCCUCCAUCUCCUACGAGAAGAGCAGAAACUUUCCACAUCCGACACCGAAGAGUCUCAGCAGCCGUUGGGCCUGCUCGCCCCUAUCCUUGCACAGCUGGGUGGUUGGUUAGGCUGGGAGUCCUGGAAAUGGAGUGAGGACUCCUACUUUGGGACCGAGAUGGCCAGUAUGGAACGCUGGCAGUUUGAAGAUACCCGUAUCACUCAGCUCAAUGUCCCUGCUGAACCAUUUCCACCUCCAUCUAUCUUUGCUUACCUCCUGGAAGCUACGCGCCAAUCCCCAUCGCCAUUCCUCACCCUCCUGGAUAUUGUCAACGCUUCGGACCGGGCCCCUAGGAAGGGCCGAAUGUGGAAAGAGUGUUUCAGCAUCACGCCCAGAUCGCUUGCAUUGACCGGCUUCUUAACUGACGUUCGCCGUGUAUCGAUACCUUUGGAAAAGAUUCAACUCCUUCAUCGCUGGGGAUUAACCAAAAGUAUUAUCGACACGUUCCCUGAAGGAGUCAGCGCCCCGUUGUACGAGGCCGUGAUGCAAUGCCAAAAUGAGGCAUCGACCUCGUGGGAUGCCACACUUCUAGAGCUCAUUGACCGAGAAGAUCUGUACAUGUCAAUGAACCCAGUGCAGGCGAAAUCAUUUGCCCCACCCCAACAACCAGUAGUCUCGCAUGACGCUCUACGUGACUUUCACCACAUCAGCAUUUCCGCAUUGGAAGCUGAUGCCACCAACGCCUUCGAGGCCUCCGCCGAGGCUGAUCGCCACUCUGUAACUAAACUUGUCUUCCGCGAGGACAAGCGUUACAUAGAGGCAACCCGACUCUUGAAUCAGUCAAAAGCACCCGUGGCAGACUGUGUCCCCGAGCCAGAGUGGACAGAUUCCGACCUCCUUGAAGCUCAAAAGGAAAUUGUGCAGCUUGUAUCGUUCCGCACACUGUCCACGCCUGCAGGUCGUGGUAUGCUCAUGUUCAGUGGCCGCCUGCCGUUACUGACAGAAAAGCUCCCCAUCCCGUCCUUCUCUUUGCAGUGCGUGAUGAAGCCAUCCAAUGUCACCGUGAGUGCUGAAAGAAGCGCGUUCACCGAGGAGAAGGUGUGCUGGGCCUUUUUCCACAACGGCGUUUCUACCGGGUUGGCUAUCUCCAAGGCAUCCAAAGGAAUUGACACUUCGUGGAUCCUGUUCAACAAGCCCGAGGAGCUUACCAAUCGACAUGCUGGUUUCUUGCUCGCCCUCGGUCUGAAUGGUCACCUCAAGAAUUUGGCCAAAUGGGUCGCUUUCAAGUAUUUGACUCCCAAGCAUACCAUGACCUCUAUUGGUCUUCUGCUGGGUCUUUCUGCCUCCUACUUGGGUACUAUGGACACCUUGAUCACUCGGCUUCUUUCUGUUCAUGUCUCGAGGAUGCUACCGAUGGGUGCCGCUGAGCUGAACUUGUCAUCUAUGACUCAAACUGCCGGUAUCAUGGGAAUUGGUUUGCUCUACUGCGGUUCCCAACACCGGCGCAUGAGUGAGGUCAUGCUGUCAGAGAUUGAGUGCACCGAACAGGAUGAGCAGUCCGGAUCUCAGGAAGACUUGCGAGAUGAAGGAUACCGCCUGGCUGCAGGAUUUGCCCUGGGUAUUAUCAAUCUCGCCAAGGGCAAGGAUCUGCGUGGCAUGCGGGACAUGCACAUUGUUGAACGCUUGCUGUCAAUCGCCGUGGGCACUAAACACGUCGAUCUCGCCCAUGUGCUGGAUCGGGCCACUGCUGGUGCGACAAUUGCGCUGGCUAUCAUAUUCAUGAAGACCAACGAUCAGGUCCUGGCUCAAAAGAUCGAUAUCCCCGAUACUACCGUGCGCUUUGACUAUGUCCGCCCAGAUCUCUUCCUUCUGCGGACCCUGGCCCGCCACCUCAUCAUGUGGGAUAGCAUCAAGCCGGAGAUCAAGUGGAUCAAUGCCAGUCUACCAAAAGUAUACCAACGACGGGCCCGUCUCGGAGGCGUGACCCAAUUGCGGAGUGAGGACAUGCCUUUCUUCAACAUCAUCGCCGGUCUCUGCUUUGCUUUGGGUCUUCGAUUUGCCGGCUCGGGUAACGCUCAAGCCCGCGAUCUUCUGCUCUUCUACCUGGACCAGUUCAUUCGCAUCUCCCGUCUUCCGGUGCUCAACUAUGAUGCCAGGCUUGCACGUAACUCAGUUAGGAACUGUCAAGAUAUCGUGUCUUUGUCUGCAGCAGCCGUCAUGGCUGGCACCGGUGAUCUGGCUUUGUUCCGGCGACUGCGUGCUCUUCAUGGAAGAGUCGAUGCCGAUACACCCUACGGUAGCCACAUGGCCGCGCAUAUGGCCAUCGGCAUGCUCUUCCUUGGUGGCGGCAGCUAUACCCUGGGCACCUCCGACUUGGGUGUGGCGGCACUUCUGUGCGCCUUCUAUCCCAUCUUCCCUACCACCGUGCUCGACAACAAAUGCCAUCUCCAAGCCUUCCGUCAUCUCUGGGUGCUUGCAGCAGAGCCACGUUGCCUCGUGCCUCGAGACCUCGACACCCGCCGACCCAUCUCUAUCCCUAUCACCAUUACUUCGGACCGCGGGUCUUCACGUACCCUCACUGCGCCCUGCCUUCUCCCUGAUCCAAGUGAAAUAACCCGUAUUGAGGUCCGUGGCCCCGAUCAUUGGCCUCUCGUGCUGGACUUUAGCCAAGACGAUACCCUUCGCAAUAAGUUCCGCCGGGGCAAUCCAUCCGUCUACCUGCGCCGCAAGGCUACCUACAGUCCCUCGGGUGCCUCCACUUCUAUCUUCGCCUCAACCCUCACCGGUCUCAGUGAAGCCCAGGAUAUCCUCCCGUCAUCUGCAGCCGUAGGCGCAAACCCAGCCAAGGGCCUCCCGCCUUCGACAUGGACAAGUCACACUGCGCUACUCUCUGGCUCGCUGGACGCCGCCGCAACACCCUCCCAGUCUCCUUGGGACUGGAUAUUCGCCCUCCCGUCUCUCCAAGGACUUGAUAUCCGCGAACGCUCACUCGUACUACCCUCAUCUUUCCCCACUCCCUCAACCCGCAUCAGCACGCAGCUCAUCACUGCGCCGCCAUGGCUCCGUACCUCUGCCGUCGACACCCGACUUGCUCUUGCCCAUACCGUCCGUAACAUCAUCCAAGCUGCUCGCGGCCGCGGCGCAGACCCGGACGAAGUACGCGACCGCGUCUGGCAACUUCGUCUUCUGUUUGAUUGGCUAGAUCGUGUACAGGCUGGUGAUGAACGAGAAACAUUGGCUGCCGGGCAGCAGCCGCAGAGCCAGAACCAGACGUCUGGAUUGUGGUUGAGGAGGGAUUUCGUGGAGGAGGCCAAGUGGCAGAUUUGGGGGGUGCAGAGUGAGGAUACCGGUGAGACGGUGAUUGGUGUUCCCUGA